AUGACUUUCACUUGUAGUGAACAUUUGCUAGAGUGGGUCCGAAAUAAAGCUAGUAAACUUAAAUUUGGCGUUGUGAUAGCAAGGUCCGACAAUGGCACUAGUAUAAGGCAAGCAUUUGUUGUGAUAAAAUGCGAGAGCGGGUUGAUGGUUUUAGCGGUUUGCGAACUUCAUAAUCAUGCAUUAGAAACCAAGCUACACGGGCAUUCGAUUGCAUGUCGGCUAAAUCGCGAAGAGAAGGAUUCUAUUUCAGAAUUAUCGAUAAUCAAAGUUGCACUGAGAAACAUACUUGUCGACUUGAAGCGAAAUAGACCAGAUAGUGUUUCAAAUAUCAAGCAGGUAUACAAUGAACGGUACAAUCUUAAAGUUGUGAAAAUGGAUUCGAGAACUGAAAUGCAAUACCUUUUGAAACUUUUGGGUGAUAACCAAUAUGUUUCAAGUUUCAGAGCUUGUGAAGACAAGGUUACUGUUCGUGACAUAUUUUAG